AAAAUUCCAGACAAAUUAUCUUUUUGAAGACUAGGCAGCAUGGUCUCCGACCUUAGCCUGUUCCAAACGGAACAAACGUACUAAAAAAAAAAUGUAUUGAAGUUUUCUGUUUGCACUAGCUAUUUUACGUAAAAAUUAAGCAGUCUUAGAAAUAUCUCUUCCCUUCAUUAGUCAGAAUAUUGUUGUGUAAACAUUAAAAUUGUGUAUAGUGUCAAAUAGUGACUAAUAACACUUCAGAUGACCAAGUUUCGUUGAUGCCACAGUCAUCUAUAUUAAUCGAGCGGUAGCAGCAUGUCGUAGAUAAUCGGCGCACGCGCAAUUGAAGAAAAAAAUGGCGUCCGUGUGGAAGCGGCUACAGCGCGUUAACAAACGCGCGGCUAAAUUUCAAUACACGGCCUCGUACCAUCGGGUCGACUUGGAUACAUCGCCUAAAUGGAAGCCCAACAAGCUAAGCGUGGUGUGGACCCGCCGGUCGCGGCGCGUCAUCACCGAGCCCAAGGAAUGGGAGCCCACGCUGAAAGAUCCCCUCAAAGGGUCCGUGAUCUACACAAUGCCGGAGAACCACACGGUUGCGGUGACCCUGUUCAAGGACUCUCGCACCAACGAGCUGGAGGAUAAGGACUGGACCUUUGUAUUGGAAGAUGUAUCAGUAACAGGCAAACGCCGGAGAUUGGCCGUCUGCGCAAUCAACAUGCGCAAGUACGCCAGCCUGGAACCGUCGCAGCGGCCGCUGGUGCUGACCCUAGACCCCACCACGCAGAAGAUCACCGCGGCCACCAUACACCUCACGCUGCACUGCGUACUGCUGAGGGAGGGGCAGGCUACGGAUGAAGACAUGCAGUCGUUGGCUUCACUGUUGUCAGUCAACAAUAACUCGGACAUCGCUGUGCUGGAAGAUCUCGACGAAGAUGACUACACGCUAUCAGAUAACUCUACAAGAGAGAUGCUUGACCUCCGACAGCAAAUGGAGGAGAUGACCCAAAGUCUAACGAACAGCGAUAUAGCGGCCACACCGAACAGCGUGCAAAGUUUAAACUUCGACAACUCGCGCACCCCCACCGCUCCCAUAACGCCCGACACGGACGAGCCCCUCACCCCCGUGCCCAGGGACAAUCCGUUCGAAGCAGAGCAACAUUGCGACACGAACAACACCAAAUCUAGACCGGAACACUUUAGUAACUUAACGAAACAGGCAAUGAAAAGCGAACAGCCGAAAUUUACGUCGACACCAAAUAAUAAAAAUAUUAAUAAUGUAGUGACAGAUUAUAAAGUAGAUAGUUUGAGAGGCACGGCAGCGUUUAAACCUAAAACAAUAGCGAAAACCAACCUUAAGCCGUUGGAGUUUAAAACUAAUUUGAAUAAUAUCACUCUGGACAAGAAUGACAACGAGAACGAGGACAGUGAUAAGACGCCGACCGCAGAAGUGGAGAAUACAGAGAAAGCGUUCACGGAGAAGUUGGACAGAGACAAAACUCCAGUGCAAGAUCUUCUGGAGUGGUGUCAGAGUGUCACCCGUGAGUACAAGUCGUGCAAGAUCACCAAUCUCACCACCAGCUUCCGAUCAGGGCUCGCCUUCUGCGCAAUUAUACAUCGAUUUCGGCCUGAUCUCAUCGACUUCUCGGGGCUGCAGCCGGAGGCGGCGGAGGCGUGCGUGCGCGCGGCGCUGGCGGCGGGCGCGCGGCUGGGCGUGCCGCGCCUGCUGGCCGUCGGCGACGUGUGCCGCCCCGCGCCCGACCGCCUCGCCAUAAUGACGUACCUAUUCCAGCUUCGUACACAUUUCACCGGCAAAGAGUUGCAAGUGGAACAAUUAGGCAAUGACGAGACAGAGUCGUCGUACAUGGUGGGCCGUCACGACACUGACGGCUCCCUCCCUCAGGACCUGUUCAGCCGAGAAGUGGCUACUAGACGCUCGAGGAACGUCAUCGAACGACCCAGACCUGUUUCACAAGAAUCCCAAGAGUCGAGACACUCGCAAGAGAGGGCCACCCCGGACAAGCCGAGUUCGCCGACCGCCAUCAAGGACGUUCGGGAUAUGUUCCUGCAGCAGUCCAAGACCAUACUGGGCAAGAUGCUGUCACCAGCGCGAGAUCAAAAGGAGAAACCUUCAGCCAAGUGGUUCGCGGACCCGUUGAAAGUCAACGAGCCAUUACCAGCGAGGCCUGAGAAGUUGAUGACCCGCAAAGAACUAACGGAUCCGUUCGGGUCUGAUGAGGAGGAGGAACAGCCUCAGCAGCCAACCAGCAACAGUAACAGUGGCCCAGCAGUGACGCAGCAGGAGAACAAUGCUAAAAUUGAAUCUGAACAAGCCCCGCCCGCGGAGGCGUCCGUCCCCCCCGUCCCCCCCGCCGCCGCCGCCGCCCCCUCGGUCCCGACGGAGCUGCCGCGGCCGACGCCGCAAUUAUUGUCUCGGCACGAUGAGUUGAAAGAACGAGCGAGACAAUUGCUUGAAGCUACUAAAAAGGAGGCGAGAGAAAAGGAGAGAAAUAGAAGGCAAAAUUCCAAAGAGAAGGAAGAAGGGAAGAGUGAGAUUGCGAAUGGACUUAGAAAUGGGGAAAUGAGUCCGAAGAAGCCAAUGACCGAUGACGAGAGACAAGUAAUGCUACGCGAGAGAGCGAGAAAGCUGAUAGCGGAUGCGAGAGCGGGCAUUGUUAGCCCGUCGUCACCGCUGUCCCCGGGCCGGGGGCGCGCCGGCACCGUCGAGAUCAUCAGCAAACAGUCCGUCAUGGAUGAGAUCGCAGCCGCGGGCGGCGUGGAGCAGCUGGACGCGCUGCUGGGCCGCCAGGACUCGGUGCAGUCCAGCCCCGCCUCCAGGAACAGUUCCAUCAGCCCCGACAGAUCUGUAGACGAGAGCCGCAGCUCGCGCAGUGGGUCGGCGUGUUCGGGCCGCCGCUCGCCGCUGCAUUCCUUCUCGGCGCUCGUCGACCGCCUCACGCCCGACAACGACCUGCCCGACGAGGGUCGUGAGACUGGUUCGUACAUCCAAAGCGAGUUGGAAGCGCUAGAACGUGAACAAAAGGCGAUCGACGAGCGAGCGGCCGCUCUCGAGAAGCAACUGCGGCGGGUGAUGGAGUCGGCGGACAACACGGAGGAGGAAGACAGACUGAUGUCGCAGUGGUUCAACUUGGUCAAUAAGAAGAACGCGUUGCUUCGACGGCAGAUGCAGCUCAACAUACUCGAGCAAGAGGAGGACCUGAGCCGCCGAUGUGAGCUGCUGGCGCGGGAGUUGCGGCUGUCGCUGGGCGUCGACGAGUGGAGGAAGACCCCGGGACAGAAGCGGCGGGAGAGGCUGCUGCUGCAGGAACUGUUGGCGGCUGUCAACGAACGAGACAGGCUGGUGCAAGAGAUGGAUGAACAAGAGAAAGCGAUAGCCGACGACGACGCAAUAGAGCGGAACCUCUCACAAGUGGAGAUACAAAGAAAGAACAACUGCAUACUGCAGUGAACGACGCCAGUAGACGUUCGUCGGAGCGCGCUAGUAAUGCUACGGAUUAUACUAUUGGACGCGAUUUGGACAAUGCAUUUACAUUAAACUGCGCAAAGUAGCGGUCGUAAGCCGCGGACGUGACUUUGGCUCAAGGUGCAAAUGUGACCUUGGAUAGAGAAGCGGACGUGACCUUGAAACAAGUUGCGGACGUGACCUUGAAAAAAAUUCGGACGUGACCUUGGAUCAAGAUGCGGACGCGACCUUGGAUCAAGAUGCGGACGCGACCUUGGAUCAAGAUGCGGACGUGACCUUGAAACAAUUUGUGGACGUGACUUUGGAUCAAGAUGCGGACGUGACCUUGGCUCAAGGUGCAAAUGUGACCUUAGAGUCGCGGACGUGACCUUGAACCAAGUUGUGGACGUGACCUUGAACCAUCUUUGAGCGAUCAGACGUCCAACAACGAUCUAGCUUAGGCAUGGAAAUUAUUGCAAUUUUUAAUUUAUUAUUUUUUAUUAUCACAAUCACAUGUGAGCAAAGGAUAGGAGUGAUCUGCGUCCGCAGUGAAUAUUAGGUGCCGUUUAAAGUAAAGUUUAUGUUAAGCGCACUAAAGUCUCUAUUCGUCCGCUCUUUACGGACCAGUGGACGGUUUGCUGCGAUUCCAUUCCACUCUUAGCUGUAAACAGCCGAUGACUUACGAGUGAAUCCGAACGCAACACUUAAAGAGCCGACAUAUUGCGGCCGAACGUCAAAAGAACAUUCUUCUAUUCGGUUGAUAGUUUUCAUGGACCAUAUAGUCCCUGUGUUCGCGUAGAUAUAGCUGCUAUUAAAAAAGUCUAGUCUAAUGAAGAGACAUAGAAGGAGUAAUGUAAAAUUUUAUGUAUCUUAUGCUAUUUCGCAUGUUACUUGUGAAAUAUUCCAAGCCUAAGCUCGCUAGAUGUUUUACACCCCUAAGGAGAGAAAGAGACGGCAGUCUGUCCAUCUCGUGUCCAUCUGUGACAUAGAGACGUCCGAUAGUAUGUUUGUAGUUAAAUACUUUAUUGGAAAUUCACACUAACGUUUUUGGGGCGUUCAGUUUGUUUGGACUUUUAAAAUCGGCGGUUGGGACGCGCUAAUACGCAAUAUGGGUAGUUAUAUGAUUUCUAUAUGUACGUUCUGUGACUUUGUUCAAUAUUUUACAUAUCUAAAUGAUAUAAAUAUAUUACACUAUUGUGUUUCUCGAUUUAAUUGUUAACAUAUUAUUGUAUACAAUAGGAUGUAAAAAAAUCCUUUUUUUAAAAAGUCCUAGAGGAAAAGGUAUUUGUUUAAGUAGUGAUAUCUACUUUUUUUGGGGUUUUAUAAUAUAUUAUUUUUUUAAUUUUGUGUUAAACUUGAUAUUUUAUGGAUGUGAAAUAUUCAAUGAAUCGCAGCGUUUGAAACGCCCAGAAAACGUCCAGUGUGGACACGACAUUACAAGCGUAAUAUUAUUUUUAAAAUAUGUUUUCGGGUACUAAUUAAGGCCUGUCAUUAAAAAGACGGGUGAAGAGUUGUGGACAGUCCAUUAGUAUAUAAAAAAAAAAAAAAAACUAUUAUUUUAAAUAAAAUAUAUCAAUUGAGAUGUGAAUGGUUAUUCAGUGUUUAUGCGAACGGUAAUAUAGUUGUGUAUUUGAAUUACAUUUUCCAAAUUUAAAUUUUAAGAAAAAAAAAUGUGCAUGCUUGGAGGGAAAAAUAAUUAAACGGACACCAGACCCGCGUCACUUCGAUCAGUAAAAACGUUUUAAUGAAAUCUGUGCAACCAUUUCAUUGCAUUUCAAUAUUACAUUAUAACGAACGUAACUUACAUUAUGACGUAACUAGGUUUCUUAUGAUACCUAUCGUGAUCAAUAUUUUGAAUAGAGUCAUAUUAUAAGUAGUUGUUUUAAUUAUUCACCUCUUUUAUUAUUUUUGACAUUUCUUUGUGAAAAGGUUUAUUUUCCAAUUUCGUUAUUAUAAGAGCUGUACCGACGCUUAAAUAAUGUAGUGAUUACUUAUUCUAUGACUAGACUGAAUGUGUUAUGGCUAAUGGUAACCCUGCAAAGCCGAAGAACGAGAAAAUGAAAAGAAAAAAAAAGCAUAAAGGUGGAUAUACACAUAAUGAAUAUUGUUAAAUUUGGGAUGCAAUUUAUUUAUGAAUAAAAGGUCACACAGACGAAGUCACGAGUAAAAACGAAUUCCAGAAUUAUUUUAAAAUUGUGUACUGCAUCUGAUUCCGUUUAAAUAUUUUUACCUCCAUCUAUCGUAUUGCUAAACCUAAGUGCGUGCUUUUAAAUUUUGCUAAGUUCUCGGCCUGCUGCGAGGCGCGUAAUACUCAUUGAUUCCUAUAUUUUUUUAUUUAAUUUCGCGUAAUUUUCAGCGUCUUUUGCUGUAUUUAGGAUAACAUGUACGGCUUAAAUAUAUUUGGUAUAAUACCAAAGAGUCAAUUUCAAUGUUUUUUUUUUUUAAUUGCGCCUUUUAAUUGAACGGUGAUAAAUAAGUACAAUAUGCCAUAGAUAUUUUUUUUUAUACGCGAUGCUACCAUAGAGUAGCGAUUAUUUUUUUAAGUAGACUAUUCGACAAAUUUUUUUUUUUAAAUGUAAAUAUUAGGCAGUAUAGUUUUAAAAUAUUUAUUUUGUGUUUUAGUUUAAUUUUCUUGCCUUCAUACGAUACUGGGUUGUGUGUUCGGUUAAAAGUAAUUGACCAGUAGUUUGAACAUUCUAGACAAUUUAUAUAUAGAAUUGACUUCAUAAUUAUUAGUAUACUUUUCUGGAAGCUACCAGUUCUCCUAGACCGAGAUCUGACCGUGUAAAACUCCCUUUAUUAGCAAGGCUUAUGUUCAAUAGUCGACAGUUAAGAGCUGGUAUGAUGAUGAUGAUGAGACCGGACAAGGAUAGGGCCUGAAACGGCUUGGCCAGCAGGUAAAUUAAAAAAAAUAUAUUUUUUAUGCAACUUAGAAUAGCAAACAAAACAACCGCCCACUUGAUAGAAAGUGGUAACUGUCGCUUAUAGACAUAUCAUGUGUAUAGGCGUAUCAUGUCCAUGAUAGACAGAGUGUACUGUGUCGCCCAUGAUAUCCUUCAUGCGUUGCCAUUCCUGAGAACUAAGCUGUUAUGCCUCUGUAUCCUGUAAUCUCAUUCAGAAAUGCUUAUAAUUAAGUUUACUUGAAUAGAAAAUAUUUUUUAUCUCUUAGCUUUUAUUGUCUCAUGUUUCUUGGAUAAAAAAUAUUUUUUCUGGUAUAAAUCUUUAUUUUUUAUUCUUUAUUGUACACAAAACAUAAUGUUAAACACAAUUCAUUUUAAACAUAAUGUACAAAGGCGAGCUUAUCUCUAAUAAGAGAUAUCUUCCAGCAAACAUUUUCAAGUGAAUCGGAUGUUAUUUUAAAAAAAAAUAAAAAUAGGCAGUCAUAUGAUUUGCGUAAAUUUUUUUUUUGAUGGGUGAAAAUGGUAUGGUAACCCCGCCUGCGCUAACGGGAUACGCUGGCGGAGCACCAGUGAAGGGUGAUAGAUGAGAAUGAAAACAGGCCAGUUAGCCCAUCAUGAUGAAUUCAUUAGGAAUUAACCAUGAUAGUUCCCAGGGGGAACCGCUAGGAGGUCGACCUGGUUGGGUAUAUUGCUAGCAAUGGGAUUCUCAGUCUCCAUUACUAACAAUCCCUUUCCUCCCGAUCUGCGUACAUCUUAUAAAAUCUUCCACAAAAGAUGCUAAUAAUUAUGAAUUUUAUCCUGUAUAAAUAUAACUUAUCACGUUAAAAUGGCUUUAUAUUAUUCGACAUUUUAUAUUUUAUUUUAUAUAUUAUAUUCUAAAUUAAAUUCCGUGGCAAGAUUAUUAUUUUAUUGCAAUAUAUAUUGAAAUAAUUGAUAAUUUCAACGUUGAGUUCAGUUCGCUGUGUAACCGACGAGACGGUACAAUUAAAUAUUUAAAUAUAUAAAAUGAGUCGAUAGAUUUUGUACUCAUUUUCUUUUAAAAUUGCAAUUUAUAUCAAUAACGCUUUUUAAUAUUUAUUUGAAAGUGAACAAUAUGAUGUAAUACUGUUUAUUAAAUCCAAUACGUUAAUACAGCGUGUUAUAAUGUUUACUGUCCUAUCAUAAUUGCUUUUAUACAAUAUUGUCAACAUCCUGUAUACGUAGAUUGACAUAAACCAUGUAAAUUGACUAUCUCUCAGAGAAUAAUAUUCGCAUGUAGUUAAUGAUAUUUCAAACUCAUUGGUUGAUUUAUUUAUUGAAUUUUUAAAUAUUUGAAAAUAGAAUUAGCAAAGAGAAAAGAAACAAAAAAUAUACCAUUAUAUUGGUAUUUUAAACUUUUCUUUUUGCUAACUAAACGGAGGUCUACCUAGCAAUGUUUCUUACAUUAUCAGCAAAAGGGCCCAUCUCUAAAAAUCCACUCCCACCUGUAUAAAGCAAGUUAUAUUUCGACUGUAUUUACGUAUUAAAUUCGCGUAUACUCGAUUAGUUUUAAACUCUGUUCGUUUUUAAUUUGGUAAGUAGAUUGGUCGUAACUGGAACAGAACGGGACUGAAUUGUACCAUAUAUACAUAUAUUGUUUCUAACGUUAUGUUUUAAAAGGCCGGUAGCAGACCUGCAAUGCCUCUAGUGUUGCUGGUGAUCAUGGGCAGCGGUAGACACUUACCAUCAGGUGGGUCGCAUGCUCGUUUGCCCCCUGUGUUAUAAAAACAAGUAAUAACAUUUUUACCAGACUUAGAUAGGGCUGAGAAGAAACCGUGGUCCGCAUUAUAUUAUGUACCUGGCCUUAGUCAUGAAUAGCAGUCCUUUUCAAUUUGAAACUGAUCGGAUAUUCCUGAAAUUAAUACGUGAGUAUAACCAGACGUAAAUAAUUGCAAUAUAGUAUGACUCACGAUAGUUAAUUUUAAACUUAUAUAUUGGUGGAAAUGGAAGGUUUGUGUUACAUUAUAUUUGGGAGGUGCUACGUCGUUCAGUUUUGUAUUAAGUGAAUCGUGUGCAAUUAAUUUGAUAUCGUUAUACAUCUGUAAUAAUUGCUUACAUGUUUUCAGUUUUAGGGGCAUAUUAUACUAUAAAAUAUAUAAAAGAUCAUUUGACGGAUGAUCUUCAUGUCAUGUAAUAUAAUAACAUGUCAUGUUAUGUCAUGUCAUGUCAUUAUAUGUCAUGUCAUGUCAUUAUAUGUCAUUUCAUGUUAUAUUAUUAAACUUUGCAUGCACUUUUAAUGACAGUAAAUUACAAAAUGGAAUUUUAUACAUGUAAUUUGUGUAUGACAUGUUUGUGUAUACAUGUACUGUGUAUAAAAUAAAUAUACAAAAAGAGAUACAAAUGUAUUUUUAGUGUGUGCAAAUAUUAAUUAUUAACGUAAUUACUUAAUUUAUUUGUUUACUUAAUAAUAUAACUGUACAAUGAACACAUGAUGCCAUAUAUAUUUGAUAAUGUGAUAUUGCCCUUGUAAUAUUUUUUCCUAAAUUUUAAAAUUCGUUCAUUAUAAUAGUAUUGAAUACUAGACAGUACAUAUGACUUUGCCUACACUAGAAUGUAUUUUGUUUCUAUUGUCGAUUAUAUUCCACCUAGGUUUGGAUUUAGUAGCAUGAUUGAGCUAGCAAUUUCAAUUUUAAUACUAAUAAUAAAUAUUAAUAAAUACCACUGGACAUAUAUAAUACGGCGACAUUUAGUUCUUAACUAAACAGAGUUUGUACUAAGAGUACUAGAUGACUGAUAGAAAUACAUUUUAUACAAUACUAUUCAAGAUUUUUUUUUAUUGUCAAGAAUGCUUAUAAAAACACAAGCAUGUCAAUGAUAAUUUUGUACUGCACUCAUGAAACAACAGUUAGGAAUUAGGUUAGAAUUGAUAUCGGUUUGCAAUAGUUUGCGUUGGUAGGUUACACUAAUAUGCAUCUGUCAAAAUUAUCAUGUUGCUAGUAUUGCAAAUCGAGACUGUGAUACGUGUCAGUUACAACAUGGAUCUAUUAGAAAAUAUUUCAAGAACAACAUCACAGUUGAUGCAAUAUUUUUAUCUGGUUCAUGCAGUGUCAACGCAAAUGAAGUAUAAAAAUUAACAAAAGUUUAUAUUAUUUGAAUUGACGUUUGAGAAAUGCAAAUUUUAAUAUCGACGCUUAUUAGAGGCUAGCUGAAUUGAGUGGAGGUGAUACGGAAUAUAGACGGAAACCAUCAUAAAAUCGUAGAGCACGUAAAAUGUAGUAUGUAUGUUAUUAUUAUACCAAUACAGAUUCAAAUAAAUUUUAUAAUAAUGAAAAGAAAAUUUUGAUCUCAGGAAUUCUUUGCUUUGUCACUUUUUGUAAUUUUUUUGGAUUCUAGUAUGGAUAGCAAAAUUGGGGCAACACUGCCUAAAUAUAAACAACAGCACAGUUUGAUAUGUCAAGAUUUAAAUUAAUCUCUAAAAAUUGUUAAUCCACGAGAUAAUUUUUAGAGAUAUAUUUUAAAGUCGGUCCUAUCUUUAAAAUGUCAUUUCCCUAUUUCUAGAGUACACAAUUUUGGAAAUGUAUAUAUUUAUAUUUAUCUCUUAAAUAUUUGGAUAUGGGUAAUAGAAUGACAUUUAAGUUUCGUCUUGGAUUUUGAUUUUGCUUAUAUGUAUUUUAAAACAAUAUAAGUUGUACAUUAAAUUUAAAAUUCGAUAAAUUAUUUCUUAAUCAAAUCAAUUUGUAACUAUAGCUUGCAAGAGACCCAAAGGGGAUUUUACAAAUCCAUCGUAACAACCGAAGUACAUUUUACAAAUUUAUUCUUACAAUUAUUUGUAAUAGUAACUUUUGUAAGUGAAUUUUACAAAUUGAUACAGUAUUUAGCUUGUUGUUGCCUCCACAUUUUCUAUUUUAUCUUUAAUAAUGAAUCAUGUACUAUAUUUAUUAACAUGACAUGUUAGCGAAACACAUGUAGUUCAGUGCAAAACAUGUACACAUAUGCCAUAAUUGUCUGUAUUCAUUGUAAUGACGCUAUUUAAAAUAUGGAAAUAAAAUAAUAUUGUAAAUUA